UUACUUUUGUUUCUGAAAUGUUGAUACAUUUUGAUUGAUAAUUUUUAAUUUGUUUUCAAUUAAUUAUGGAUUUAAGUGACUUUCUCGAUAAUUGUUGUAAAGAUUGUGUAUUUAAAUCAGACAUUCCAGAAGAAUCAAAGAAAGAACCAUGUUUACUUGGUAUAGAUGAAGCUGGACGAGGUCCAGUUUUAGGCCCAAUGGUUUAUGGAAUCGCUUAUUAUCCAAUUAAAGUUAAAUCUGUCAUGGAAAAACAAGAUUUCGCUGAUUCCAAAACUUUAACUGAAUCCAAACGUGAAGAAAUAUUCAAUAAGAUACUAAAUAAUAAGGUCGCAAAUUUUGGCUGGAUGACUAUGGUUUUAUCACCUGUAACAAUUUCCAAUUCAAUGUUCAAAAGAACUAAAUAUAACCUUAAUUCACUGUCUCAUGAUACUGCCAUGGGUCUGAUUCAGAGAGCGAUAGAUGAAGGAGUCAAUGUUGAAGAGGUUUAUGUUGAUACAGUUGGACCCGAAGCCAAAUACAAGGCCAAAUUAAGUGACCGAUUUCCGACAAUUAACUUCACUGUCGCUCAAAAGGCCGAUUCCAAAUAUUCUGUUGUCAGUGCGGCGAGUAUUUGUGCCAAGGUAAUUAGAGAUCGAAUCAUAGCUAAUUGGAGAUUUCGAGAAGAUGUUAAAAAUAUCGGUGAUUAUGGUUCAGGUUAUCCAGCAGAUCCGAAAACAAAAGCCUUUCUACAGAAAAACAUGGAUCCAGUGUUUGGUUAUCCAUCAUUCGUCCGAUUUAGUUGGUCAACAGCUGAUAGUAUUUUAGAAUCCAAAGCAAUUGAAUGUGAAUGGGAUGAGGUAGAAGAGAAGCCAACUAAUAAUAAUAAAAGAUCCAUGACCCAAUUCGUACCCAAGAAGAAAAAGCAAAACACUUUCUUUGAGAAUCGAUGUCUUAAAAGAUUAACUGAUUUCUCUAAAAUAUAAACACAGGAAAUAAUUAAAAUCUUC